CUCAUAGAAAAACAAUGUGGAAUAUGAGAAUGGUUAUGGAGAGUUUGUGGAAGCAUACAAGAUUAAGUCAACAAAUCCAAAAGGAAGAGUGAAGUAUUAUACAGCUAAGACAUUUCUCAUAGCUACAGAGAAAGGCCACGCUAUCUUGGUAUACCCGGAGACAAGGAACACUGUAUUACCAGUGAUGACCUCUUUUCUUUGCCAUACUGCCCAGGAAAAACUCUGGUGGUUGGUGCCUCCUAUGUGGCAUUAGAGUGUGCUGGGUUUCUAGCAGGACUUGGCUUGGAUGUCACUGUAAUGGUACGCUCCAUUCUCUUAAGAGGUUUUGACCAGGAAAUCGCUAACAAAAAUUGGUGAACACAUGGAAGAGCAUGGAGUAAAGUUCAUUAAAGAAUUUGUGCCUACAAAGAUAGAGCAGAUAGAAGUAGGAGCACCUGGGAGGCUAAAAGUGACAUCUCAGUCAGCUGAUGGUAAAGAGGUUGUUGAAGAAUACAAUACAGUCUUACUUGCAAUUGGAAGAGAUGCGUGUACAAGAAAAAUUGGCCUGGAUAUACCUGGAGUAAAGAUCAAUGAAAAGACAGGAAAAAUCCCAGUCAAUGAUGAGGAGCAGACAACUGUAUCGCAUAUAUAUGCUAUUGGCGAUGUACUAGAAAACAAAAUAGAGCUUACCCCAGUGGCUAUCCAAGCAGGUCGUCUUCUAGCCCAGAGACUCUAUGGUGGAUCCACUGCAAAGUGUGAUUAUGUGAAUGUCCCAACUACUGUGUUUACACCACUGGAAUAUGGAGCAUGUGGGUUAUCUGAAGAAAAUGCUAUUGCCAAGUAUGGGGAGGAUAAUAUAGAGGUCUAUCACAGUUAUUUCUGGCCCCUUGAAUGGACAGUUCCAGACAGAGAUAGCAACAAAUGCUAUGCCAAAGUAAUCUGCCAUAUAAAAGACAAUGAAAGAGUGGUUGGCUUCCAUGUGCUUUCACCUAAUGCUGGAGAGAUCACACAAGGAUUUGCAGUAGCAAUAAAAUGUGGCCUUACAAAAGAGCAGCUGGACAGCACGAUAGGAAUUCAUCCAGUAUGUGCAGAGAUUUUCACCACCCUUACAGUGACAAAACGCUCUGGGGAAGAUCUUGUUCAAGGUGGAUGCUGA